UCUCUUUCCCUCAGGUGGUGCUGGUUGCCUCUGGACAGUUGUCUGGUUCAUCUUCGUAUCUGAUGACCCUCGCACCCACCGUCGAAUCAGCAAGGAGGAGAGAGAUUACAUCAUAAAAUCCAUUGGAUCUCAGGGUACAGGUCAUGGCUGGUCCAUGCCCCUGCUGUCCAUGUCCAUGUCGGUCCCUCUGUGGGCCAUCAUCAUCACCCAGAUGUGUUCCAACUGGUCCUACUACACCCUGCUCACCUCCCUGCCCACCUACAUGGACAACGUCAUGCACUUUGACCUCAAAUCGAAUGGUUUCCUGUCCGCUCUGCCGUACCUCGGGGGCUGGCUGAUGUCGAUGCUGUCGGGCGUGGUGGCAGACAGCCUCAUCGAGAGGGAGGUGUUCAGCGUCACCGUCGUACGCAAGCUCUUCACACUAUUAGGUCUGAUACUCCCGGCAGCUUUCCUCGUGGCUGUGAGUUUCUCCGGCUGCAACCAUAUCCUCGCCGUCACCUUCCUCACGCUUUCCACCACCCUUGGAGGCUUCACCGCCUCCGGGGUCUACAUCAACCAGAUAGACAUCGCUCCACGGUAUGCAGGAUUCCUUAUGGGAAUCAGCAACACUUUCGGGACCAUUCCUGGAGUCCUGGCCCCCAUUGUUACAGGAUACUUCACUGAGGGUCACACCAUGGCGGGCUGGAUGAAGGUGUUCUGGGUGGCAGCGGGGAUCAACAUGGGGGGGGCUCUCGUCUACACCAUAUUUGGCAGCGGGAAGAUCCAGCCGUGGGCCAAUACUGAGGACGAGAGAGCAGAGAUCGAGAAAGAAAGGAGCAGGUUUAUCUCUACAUAAAACAUAAACACUCAGACCAAUACAAACAACAACACAAACAAAAGGGGCGCACGCAGUACAGCUUUGAAAGACUGUUGGGUACAUUUUAACCCAGAAAAACAGAUAUAGAGUUCUACUCUCUCAAUGUAUACAAAAUAUAGGAAUGCAAUACUCACUUCACAACUAUGAAGAAUGGAAUCUUUACUGACAACAUUUAAUGGUUGACCAGGAUAGUUUCAUGAAGAACUUUUAUCAAUACUAUUUUAGAACAUGUAUUCUCAGGUGAGCAUUUGAACUCUUUUGUACUAUAAACCCAGCAAAGACUAUAAUUAUUGUAAAGCAGUUUUAUACAUAAAAAUCUAACUUUACGCACAUUUAAGUAUGAUUUGCUGGAUAUUCACUACCUUUACUAAUACAUUAGGAAUCAGGGAUACUUGUUCACUUGUCCUGUAUACUGUUGGAAAAACUCACAUGAGCCUUUAUAUUACAUGAACUGUACAGCACCUCAGAUGAGACCAAAACAAAUGUGGGUGAUCUUGCUGUGGGAUUUUAUAAGAUUUCUUUAGCUGUAAAUGAAAUGGGACCAUUUGUUUUAUGAAGCAACCAGACAUAUGACGAAAAAGGAUGAAGUGCUUUUAAACCCUGUAAUUUCAGCUGCUUUGUUCACAGCUGUGUCUGUUUUCAAACGGACCAAAAUAAUCACUUUCCACACAGAAUAAUACACCAAAAGCCUUUUACUUGACGUAAAUGAUCUUUCUAGAGGUUUUUUAUAAUCCAAUCCAGAUUCCAGAAAGUGCCAAGAACUUUGACUUGCCAAUAGAAUUAUUUUUCAUAGAAGAAUAUGUGGAUUUGACGUGUUUUUAAUCUGUCAUCCUUUCUUUGACCCGUGCCGUUUGUUAAAAGUGCACUCUGAUUGUAAAAAUAUGAUUUAAACAGAUGCAAUAAUUUAUUUAACUUCUCUGUGUUGAAAAUGUGUGAGAUGUACAAAUAUGUUUACUUAAUAUUUUAUUGGGUAAAUGAUCAAGUUUGUUUACAGAGCAAAACUAAAAUCUGUGAAAUCUGA